AUGGCGCAAGUCACGAAAGCCGAAGCUACAGCGGCAAAGCAACUGAACUCUCCUCUCCUCCGUCUACCAGCAGAGCUACGAAACCUCAUCUAUCGCUACGCGCUCGGCGACCGUACCCUCAUCCUAUCCACGAUCGAUGACGAAACGCUCCGCCUUUACCAGCGCGACAUACCUGCUUUCGCAUUGCUAGCUCUAUGUAAACAGAUCCACAGCGAAACAGUGCUUCUCCCUUACAGCCUCAACACAUUCGACAUCGAUUGCUGCUUCACCUUCAAGUGUCUGGUAGCCACUAUUCCCCGGACUCACGUACAAGCUAUCAAGAAGCUGGAUCUUCGUACCUUGGCGAUUUGGGGGGAAUCGAAUUACGAGACCUGUAUGAGGCUAAAAGUGUUUAGUGCUCUGGAGGAAGUCACGUUCAGUUAUGCUGGCAGCACAGAUACGCUGUGGCAUCGCGAUUGUGAGGAACGCUGGGCUGAGGCAGUCAAGAUGCUAAGGGAAAAGAUGCCCUGGGUUGCGACGUCGAUGCGGGACUUGCGUGACGAGAUUCUUAGGGACGACGCGCUCGAUUUCGCUGCGUGA